GGUGUGAUGGCACUGGAUUUAGUUGGAGGACCUGAUUUAACUGGGAAUUAGCUGAUACCGCCAUCAUGCCGGCCAAACCUGCCCCGAUCAAGAAGGCGGCGAAGAAGGAGUUACCUGAGAAGAAGGUGGAGAAGGCCCCCGAGCCGGCUCCUGAGCCCGAACCCGCUCCCGUCGAGCCCGAAGCCGCUCCCGCCGCCGUCGAGGAGGCUCCCCCAGCGGAGGAAGCCCCUGCGGAGACCCCGGCCGAGGGCGCCGCGGAGGCCCCCGCAGAGGUGGUCGUCGAGGCUCCACCUCCACCUCCCCCUGAGCCGACCAGCGCUCCCCUGGAUCUGUUCAUCGAGGACAAGAACGACACGUCGGUGAGCAUCAUCUGGAGCCAGCCUGAGACCGUGGGAGACUCUGGCCUCGACGGGUACCUCAUUGAGGUGUGCAAGGAUGGAACCGAGGACUGGAAGGCAGUGAACGAGGAGCUGCACAAGUCCACCCGCUACGCCAUCAAGAACCAGACGACCGGCGACAAGCUGAAGAUCCGCGUGGUGGCGGUGAACGCGGGGGGCCGCAGUGCCCCCGGGGCCCUUCCCGAGGCCGUCAUGGUCAAGGAGGUGGCCGACCGUCCCAAGGUCCGUCUGCCUCGCUUCCUCAGACAGAGAUACGUGGCCAAUGUGGGGGCAAAGAUCAACCUCACCGUCCCCUUCACUGGCAAGCCCAAGCCCGUGGUGACCUGGACAAAGGACGGCCAGCCUCUGGACACCAAGCGGGUCCAGGUCCGCAGCACGGAUCGCGACAGCAUCCUGUUCAUCCGCGUGUCAGUGCGUGAGGACUCCGGCGUCUACGAGAUGUGCGUCAAGGUGGACGACUUUGAGGACAAGGCCAGCCUGAUCCUGCAGAUCGUGGAGCUGCCCGGGGCCCCGGCCACUGCGAAGAUCGUGGACACCUGGGGCUUCAAUGUGGCCCUUGAAUGGACCCCACCCGUGGACAGCGGGAACACGGAUAUCAUUGGAUACACCAUCCAGAAAGCCGACAAGAAGACCGGAGACUGGUUCACUGUGUUGGACCACUACCACCGGAUGAAUGCCACCAUCUCAGACCUGGUCAUGGGCAACAUCUACAAGUUCAGAGUGUUCUCUGAGAACAAGGUUGGGAUGAGCGAGGACGCCGUGGUGACCAAGGGCGAGGCCACGAUCCUGAAGACAGAUAUUGAUUACAAGCCCUUACCGUUCACCGAGCAUGACUACUCAGAGCCCCCCAAGUUCACCGUCUCCCUGGCUGACAGGGCCGCCACGGUGGGCUACAGCACCAAGCUGCUGUGCUCCGUCAGGGGGAGCCCCAAGCCUAAGAUCGAGUGGCUGAAGAACCAGAUGAUCAUCGGCGACGACCCCAAGUACCGGCAGAUCUGCGUGCAGGGGAUCUGCACUCUGGAGAUCCGCAAGCCGGGGAACUACGACGGCGGCGUGUACAUGUGCAGGGCCAAGAACAGCUGUGGAGAAGCCACCGUGCACUGCAAGCUGGAGGUCAAACAGCCAAUUAAUCCUGACGCCGAGAAGAAGUAGAUGGAUACGAUCAUUUCUAGAAGUGGAUGAAAGGUGACCUGAUGCCUGAACAGCAAAGAAGAGGGUGCUGGAGUCCCGGAACAACAUGUACAUACAGCUGGAGAACACACGGUCAAACGGACGUCGCCCAUGUGGACUUUCUGAAUGUGUUUCUGUAUUUCCGAAGAUUAACCAUUCUUGUCUGCUUAUUUAUAUAUUUAUUCAUUUACGAUACCUCAUUAAGUCCUCAUUCACGUCCAAUGGAUCUGUUUGAUAGCCCAUCAGAACUUUCUCCGGUACAAUGGCAAUCCGAGGAGCGUCUAUCCCCAGUUGAUUCCUCAAUGGGUGUACAUUACAAAUUCUAACACAUUCAUUCACUGUUCCUCUCAUGAGAAUAUGUAACAUCUCUGUGUUUGUAACAAUAAAUGUGUUCAUUUUCUGGUU